CAUAAGUCUUUCAAACCAAACUUCGCUCUCUUCUUAACCGCUCGAGUUUUGUCCAAAGACCGCCAGUGCCUUUUAAUUUUACACAUACCAGUCAAUCAUGGCAAUCACUCAACUUGUUCAGCCGAUGGUCCGGCCUCGUACAAAAUUGGGACGCCAAAAUACCUCUAUUCCUGUGCACCUUCCAGACAUGUUUGUGCUCUUUCUGUCUGGAGCCCCGAAAGUCAACCCACAUUAUGAAAUUAUGAGACGGGAAAGUGAGACCUGGAUCUGCAAUGUGUGCUCUUUUGACGAACGAACCGAAAGGGUCUUGAAGAAGACAGACUUUGCCUAUUUCUGCUCCAUUGCAGUCCCCCACGCAUCACCAGAAGAGCUCCGAACAGUGGUUGACUGGGGUAACUGGGUUUUCCCAUUUGAUGAUCAAUUUGACAAUGGGGGCCUGAAAGAUGACCCGGAGCGUGCUCAAGAGUUGGUGGACAGAUUGCUGGCAGGGAUGGCAGAGGACAAGGGACAGUCACACUAUGAAGAGGAUUCCCUCGUCCGGGUGCAUAACUCAGUAUGGGACCGCAUCGCAGCAUCCUCUCCUGCAGGGGUCCGACGCAGAUUCGCAAAGACAAUGACCGACUACUGCAAUGGAAGCGUUGAGCAAGUCCGUGCUUGUUCCACCGGAAAGUCCCCUUCGCUGGAAGAGAUGCUUGCCAUGAGAAGGCAGUCUGCCGGAGUCUCGCCUCUCUUUGCUCUAGUGGAGUAUGCCCACAAGUUGAACCUUCCAGACUGUGUAUUCGAGGCGAGGAGUAUCAAGGAAAUUGAACGGAUCGGAAUUGAUCUGGUGUUGCUGCAAAACGAUAUCCUCUCGUACUGCAAGGAAGAGAAAGAGGGUGUCAACCAUAACAUGGUAGCCACAUGCCGGAGCUCUGGCAUGUCGGCACAGAAGGCGUUCAACCACGUUGGUAACAUGCUUGUCUCUCGCUAUCGUGAUUGGUACCUUGCCCUGGCAGAAUUACCGAGCUGGGGUGAGGAAAUCGAUUACGAAGUCCAGGAGUACAUCCUCGGAGUUGUCAAUGUCGUCAAGGCCAAUUUGAACUGGAGUUUCCGUUCUGGAAGAUAUUUUGGAAAGGCAAACGAGGCAGUCCGCAAGACGUGGAUGGUGACGGUGCGGCCCCAAAUGGCUGAUUUCAAAUGAGACCUGUGAGGCACACACGGGUGGGCUGUAUAUAGAGUAGGGUGUUGGUACAUAUAACCAUUUCAUAGUUUUUGUAAAUGCUUAGAUUGGUUGUAGCACACUGCUACUCAUUAUCGAACGGAAUCGUUUAAGACACAGGGCCGUUUGUGAAGAUUCGAAGUUUACCUGCAGUAACAAAGGAGUUGGAGCUGACAUUUGAAGCAAGCAUCAUAUAGAACGUGAGGGAAUGACGAUUAGGUGAAGAAGG